AUGCGACUAGAAGAUAUACUUAAAGCGACUCUCAAAAACUACCAAUCUUGGAAAUCUGAGAGUCUUGUAAACAGUCUCGAAGGACUCGAUGCUAUUGACAAGUUAUUUGGAGAAAGCGUUUUGUUGCUUCCAAGUCAAGUUAUCUAUGCCCCAGAACGAAUCAACUUUGUGUCUUUCCAUCACAAUCUCAUGGUAAUAGAUUCUCAGCAUAAGUUAAUAGGCAUGGUAAACAGAGUAGGCACGCAAUGGAAAAAGUGUGGUGUACUCCGGGAAAGAAGGCCAGAACGUCCCCAGGCCGUGGAUCGGACAAGAAAUUCAAUUGGAGAGCGAAUUUUCAAUGAUGUGAGCGAUUAUAGAUGCAAUUCACUCCUAUUUACGAGAAGAUCAGUCAAUAGCCACAUGCAAGUAGCCUGCAAGAUAAUAACGCCGCCAGAGGGAACUCCCGCGAAGACUUGGAAGAACUAUCUUACUCCAAUGGGAAAAAUACCAGCCAUAGGAAAUUUUAAAGUUUGGAAAAUGAAUUUGAGACUGCCAGAAACCAAUGAACUUAAUGACGUGAAAGAUGAAAGUAUGUCGAGUAAUGCCAUAAUUAUUCUAGAUCAGGAAUGCAAUUUCUACGGGGUUUAUUGGCACACUGUUAAGGAUCUUACUUUAUGCGUCGACCUGUCACUUUCACAACCGCAAAAAAGACUGAAAUACCGAAGAUAA